AUGUCUUUCGCUCAAGCAUCAGACCUACCCGCCUGGAAGGCCCUACAGGAGCACCACGCUGCUUCUGGGAAACUAUUGAUUCUCAAAGAUCUUUUUGCCAAAGAUCCCCAGCGUUUUUCCAAAUUCUCUCGCACAUUCAAGAACACGGCUGACGGAAAUGCCAUUCUUUUUGACUUCUCCAAGAACUUUGUCACCGAUGAGACUCUUGGCUUGUUAGCAGAUCUCGCUCGAGAGGCUGGGGUUGAAAAACUCCGAGACGCAAUGUUUGCGGGAGACAAGAUUAACUUCACAGAAAAAAGAGCCGUUUAUCACGUUGCCCUCCGAAAUGUUUCGAACAAGCCGAUGCAGGUCGACGGCAAGAGUGUUGUAGAAGAUACGAGGGACGUACUUGAGCACAUGAAGGAGUUUUCGGAGCAGGUACGAAGUGGGUCUUGGACUGGCUACACGGGCAAAAAGAUAAAAAGUGUGGUAAAUAUUGGCAUCGGUGGAUCCGAUCUUGGGCCUGUGAUGGUCACCGAGGCUUUGAAGCCAUACGCUAGUAGGGACAUAACUCUUCACUUCGUCAGCAAUAUAGACGGCACCCACGUUGUUGAAGCGCUUAACCAGUGUGAUCCGGAGACAACCAUUUUCCUUAUUGCAUCCAAGACGUUUACCACAGCUGAGACCAUCACUAAUGCGAACACUGCAAAGGCCUGGUUUUUGGAAUCUGCCCCAGAAAGUGCUAUUGUUAAACACUUCGUAGCCUUAUCAACCAAUGCCGAGGAGGUCGCAAACUUUGGUAUUGAUACCAAAAACAUGUUCGGUUUUGAAUCUUGGGUUGGCGGACGAUACAGCGUCUGGUCUGCUAUCGGGUUAUCGGUUGCUAUAUAUAUUGGGUUCGAUAACUUCAAUGAAUUCCUCGCCGGAGCAAAUGCAAUGGACAGGCAUUUCGUCGAGGCCCCGGUCACAGAAAACAUUCCGAUAAUUGGCGGUCUUUUAAGCGUUUGGUACAGCGACUUUUUCGGCGCACAAACUCAUCUCGUGGCUCCUUUCGACCAAUAUCUCCAUCGAUUCCCUGCCUACUUGCAACAACUUUCUAUGGAAUCCAACGGAAAGGCGAUCACUAGAACUGGCGAGUAUGUCAAAUAUACAACAGGAGCUAUUCUGUUCGGGGAGCCUUGUACCAAUGCCCAGCAUUCAUUCUUCCAAUUGCUUCACCAGGGAACAAAAAUGAUCCCAACUGAUUUCAUAUUGGCUGCCCAAAGCCACAACCCUGUUGAAAGUAACAAACACCAGAGGAUGCUUGCUUCAAAUUUCUUUGCCCAAUCAGAAGCUCUUAUGGUAGGCAAAAUGCCGGAGGAGGUAGCCAAUGAGGGUGCCGCGGAGGACUUGGUACCCCACAAGGUUUUCCUCGGGAACCGCCCAACAACCAGCAUCUUAGCCACGAAGAUCACCCCUGGCGCCUUAGGUGCGCUUAUCGCUUAUUACGAGCACGUCACAUUCACAGAGGGCGCAAUUUGGAACAUCAAUUCCUUCGACCAAUGGGGUGUCGAACUUGGCAAAGUUCUCGCUAAAAAAAUCGGCAAAGAAUUGGAAGAUGAUUCGACAGUUUCUGCCCAUGAUGGAAGUACCAACGGGCUGAUCAAUGAGUUCAAGCGUCUCUCAAAGCUUACAUAG